CACGCUGGAGUCACGUCCAAAAGUUUCUUUUUCGGACAGCGGGGGGGAGCUGAUUCGUGUGUGUGCAGAAGGAGGAGGCACCUUUCCGCAACCACCCCUCCCCCCCUUUGUGGGGGUGAGGGGAAGGAAUAGGAGGAAGAGGCAGCUUGGGGGUGGGGGAGGAGGUUUCUUCUCAUCAAAGCGCAGUUAGGGUUCACCGAGGAACUCCCACCUUGCUGUCAGUAAUUCAUUACAAGUCAGGCAGAGGGGAUCCGGAGCGGAAAUUGUCCCGGCAGCUGCGUGUUCCGAACUCCUCCGGAUUUACCGUCUCUCGGGCAAUACAAAACCAACCCCUGGGGCACAGCGCCUGGCUGGCACCUUUCCGUGUGUCUCGGGAGGCGAGGAGCGCUGGUAGUGACAGACUUGCUGAGGUCAGGGCCGGAGCAGCUGUCCCCGGCUGCUUUGAUCAUCGGGGGGCAACAACCCCCCCCCCCAGCCAAACUUUCUGCAGAGUCCCCUCCUGGCCAUGCACGGGUUUGCCUAACGCCUCUGAUGGAGCCGCCUGGCAGCUGCACCUGCCCGGAUAUUAUGACACCCAGCGCCGUGUUGCUCGGACCUGAAAUCUAAGCGAAUAAUCUCAGCGUUCGCCCAGCUGCUGCAGCUGGUGAUGUUAUUGGUGAAGAGGAGGAGAGGGGGGUUUCUUUCAAUUCGAUGGAUCUGAAAUCAGAGUCUCUGGACCGCCGUUGUUUGGGAAUAUCUACAUGCUGAGCCUCUUUGGGGUGGCGCAUCAGCUCAUCGGGGUGACCCAUCUGAAGAGAACAAGAUGUUUCUUGCUACCUUAUACUUCGUUUUACCCUUAAUGGAUGUACUUUUGUCCGCAGAAGUGAGCGGGCUGCCUGGCGGGGACCGUCUGGACUGCGUGCGAGCCAGUGAUCAGUGUCUCAAGGAGCAGAGCUGUAGUACUAAAUACAGGACACUGAGGCAGUGUGUAGCCGGCAAAGAGAGCAACUUCAGCCGGGCGACAGGCCUGGAGGCGAAAGACGAGUGCAAAAGCGCCAUGGAGGCGCUCAAGCAGAAAUCUCUUUACAACUGCCGCUGCAAGAGGGGCAUGAAGAAGGAGAAAAACUGCCUGCGCAUUUACUGGAGCAUGUACCAAAGCUUACAGGGUACGUUGCGAAACCCAGAAACAGUCCACUCCCCAAACGCAGGGUGGUUUCCCAGCCCCUCUCAGCCGCAGCUAGCCACCACCGCGCAGACUAAACGGAGGGGCUGACCUCAUAAUUCACAUUGUGCUCUUCAGCUGCAAACUGAGGAUCUUUCAUCCGACUCAGGAACAGCUGCUGCUGCAGUCUCCCGUUGUUGGGCAAUCCACAAUAAGGGUUUCCGCCAGAGGACCCAUGUUGACCUUUCUAAACCAAAGUCAAAAGAUUAGGGCAUUAGCAAGUGCCAAAGCUCAGGAACAAUCAAUUUGUGACCCUAACUGAGGAGUUUAAACACUUGUUAACUAGAUCUCACUUCACAGGG